AUGGCGUCACUAAAAUCCCGUUUAGAGCACUGUGUUAGUCCCAAUGCUCUCAGAUCCUAUCUUGCAGAGUUCAUCUCCACAUUCAUUUUUAUCUUCGCUGCUGUCGGAUCCUCUAUGUCAUCACGGAAAAUGAUGGCGGAUGCAACAUUAGAUCCUUCUGGUCUGGUGGCAAUUGCCAUUGCAAGUGCCUUUGCAUUGUCGGUGGCAGUAUUUAUUUCUGCCAAUGUUUCCGGUGGCCAUGUGAAUCCGGCGGUGACUUUCGGAAUGGCCGUUGGAGGCCAUAUUACUAUACCAAUGACAAUUUGCUAUUGGAUCUCUCAGAUGCUUGGUUCUGUCAUGGCUUGCCUUCUCUUGAAAGUCACUACAGUUGGACAGCAUGUUCCCUCCCAUGCAAUCCCACAAGAAAUGACUGGCUUUGGAGCAUCCGUAUUGGAAGGAGUGAUGACAUUCACUUUGGUGUACACUGUCUACGCAGCCAGUGACCCGAGACGCGGUUCACUGGGUGCCAUUGGCCCUCUGGCUAUCGGAUUUAUUGCAGGAGCCAACGCUUUAGCCUCGGGUGCUUUCACCGGUGGGUCAAUGAACCCUGCAUACUCGUUUGGGUCUGCCGUUGUCGGAGGAAGUUUCAAGAACCAGGCAGUUUAUUGGGUUGGACCCUUGAUUGGUGCAGCUGUUGCAGGAGUUCUUUAUGAUCAUGUAGUGUUCCCUACUCAUCAAGCCCCUCCUUCUUUGAGAGAGAUUGCAGAUGGAGUUGGUGGUGUUUGA